AUGGUUUCUGUCUCACCAUCAUCUGCCGGUGAAAACCAAACUCUUAGAGUUGGGUAUUUUCUCAAACCUUCCAUCCAUGAUUUUCAUUUCCUUCCAUCUCAUUUUUAUAAUUCCUAUGAAACUAGCACAAAAUUGCCACUAGAAAUAAAAUACAAUGGAUGGAGACCACCCACAGAAGAAUGGAAGACAUGGGUCAAAAAGCUACAACCAAAGUUUGAAUAUUUAUGGAUACAAACCGGAAUAUACGGUGCAAUCAAAGCUUCUACAUAUGAAAUAAAAAGGGAUGAUGAGUUGAUUCUUGAACUUGCGAGUAGAUGGUGUUCCAAGAGAAAUACGUUUGUUUUCCCAUGGGGAGAAUCAACAUUAACAUUAGAAGACACUAAUGCCUGUUUUGGUUACUCUCUUUUGGGUUGUUCUGUUUCUAACCCUCUUAUGAACAAUGAACAAGUAAAAGCAAAAGAGGAUUUAAUGGAAGCAAGAAGAAUGUUUAAUAGUUCUAAAGCUAAAAAAGUGAAUCAAAGGGCAUGGAUGAUGUACUUCAUGAAGACUCAAAUUGAAAGCAAAGUGGAGCACGAAGCUUUUCUAGUUUAUUGGUUAUCAAGGUUUGUUUUUCCUGCAAAUGCAUAUGAUACCAUUUUGAAAAGUGUUAUUCCUAUUGCAAUACAUUUAGCUCAUGGAAAUAGAAUAGCUCUUGCACCAGCUAUUUUAGCUAGUAUUUAUAGGGAUUUGAGUUUACUUAAUAGCGUCAUUACAAUAAAUGCCAUAACAACCAUGAAGAGUUCAAGUGUAACUACUAUUUGGGCUCCUUUUCAAUUGAUUCAAAUAUGGGCUUUAGAGAGGUUUUUAGCUCUUAAUCCACGCCCAUAUACAAUAGGACAUGGUUUACCAAAGGUGGCUAGAUGGGGUGGAGUUAAAGUAUUGAAAAAUAAAAACUUGAAAAACGACUUGGAUUGUGCUGGAUUUGAAAAUGGUUUUUUAUGGCAACCGUAUGCGAAUUCACUCUCUGUUGAGGCGGCUUAUAAUGAAAAUGACAUGUGGAAAUGUUAUAAUCCUUGGUGGAAGCAAUCGAAAUCAAACAACGAAAGAGAUAACAAGAGAGUGAAGGUUGAGCAACAUGAAAUGUAA